UCCGGAUUCCUGCAGUGCAGUGCGUUGGGUCAAAGGGUGGAGCGAGGUUGGGAAGAACCUUGGUUGCCGCCAUGAUGGUACCUGCCACCCCUUCCUCAGAGGAAAGGGAUUCUGGGUCCCACUAUCCUCUCGAUGGUGUGUAUCAAGAUUGGGACAACAUGGCGGAAGUCCGCAAAAGAAUCCGUUGGAACAAGAACCUCAUCCAACAUGUGGACCCGCAGACAUCCCAACCUACCAACGAGUACGUCGAGAAGACUCUCGCCAACCUCCGGGAGAACCGUGUACAGUUGAAACCUAUGUUCCACCGCACGCGGGCACAUCAGUUGCAACUACCCAUGAUUGAUGGGGUCAUAGAAGAGAUUCGCAACCUGUACAUGGCAUCCAAGAUCACGGUGAGCUACGACUUUCUUUACCAGCAAGCAUGGGCCGUCCGCCGGAUGUUGUCACUGGCAAAAAACACCCUGCUUUACAAGAAGUACCUUUCAGAGGACCGAUCCCUGUUUUUUAUAUGUUUUCUUUAAG